UUCCAAUGAUUAUGUAUCGUAGCCUUGAUCUGAAGUACUCGGCACGCCUGCUCCGUUCUUUUCAAGUUUCAAGAACGCCAGGCAACUGCAUCCACGUGGUAAAUUCAGGUCUGUUUGCCGGUCGUACCGCACGGAAAGAUUGUACCUACGUGUCAACCUCAGCGGUAAAUUGUGACAAAACGGGGCAUUUUUGGCGCCUUUUUGGACAAAUUCGCCUGAGCAUAGUUAGAGAGAAACGCGGCUGUAAUAAGUGUAUCUAGAGAACAGUACGUUUUCGGGAAAACGAGGUGGCGACAGUACCAGCUGUUAGAGUAUUUUUCUCCUGUUCUUUGGCUAAUUUCACGAUGGAUCAUAUUGCUAAUUUUGGGCCCAGUAAUCGUGGACCGAUCAAGCAAUGGCAGCUUCUCCAAUUCGCCAGUUGCUAACCUGGGGUCUACCAUCUGUUGUCGUUUUUCUCAGCUAUUUGUGGUACAAAAAGAGGAAAAUUGGAGCCCGACGUGACACAGGUGGCUCCAAACCCAUAGAAGAAGGGCCCGUGCCAAACGCUUUCAGUAUCGCCCCCCCGAAGACAGAACCAGUGGAUAUAGUUGAAGUCUCCUCUGCGUCCUCACCAAGUGUUUCAAAGCAGUUCAACCGGUCACUGAGCGGGCUGGAAACCGCCCCCAUCGACAUAAUCUACCCCAAGGAACUGAAAGCWUCGAAAUCCAGCCCUCUCGUCAUUUCUGACGAAGAUUUGGAUCUGGAAAUUGAAAAAAUUAAGUCUAUGAAAACAUUCUACGACUCCCCGGAGAAAAUUCGUUGCUCAAUGUCCAAGUCGCCAUCCCCCUCCAAGAAGCUGGAUGAGCCUGACGCCUCACCAUCCGAGCCCAGUUCACCUUUGAUUGUGCCCACUAAGAAAGAGCCGUUUCAGCAUUGCACUGUUGCCACUCAGGAAAACGCUCCAUCAACCGAUAUCACUUCUCCCACCUCAUCCUCCUCCUCCAAGAAGAUGUCCCUGGAACACUUGGGUCCAAUGGAAGAUGAGCUGCGUCUUUUAGCGGUGUCGCCAGAAAAUCAGGAAAAUUCUAUGGGAUCGGAACAGAAUGGCACUGAUCAUCGGGAAAUUCAUAGGAAGAAUUCGGGAAGGGAUUCAGCCAACCAUAGUCCUUGUGAAGCGAUGUUGGCUAGUCCCAGUAUGAGCAGUAUAUCGGACAAUCAUAGCGUGAGAUCCAACGAUAGUGGUAAAGGAGGAAGUGACGUUGCCACGCCACCAUCUGCUCGCACUCCUCAAUUGGCCAGCAACAGCCAGAACUUGAAAACCAGCUACGAGUUUUUGAUACCUCAGCAAUUCGUGGGUAAAUUGAUUGGCCGGAAUGGCAGCUUUGUGAAGACCAUUAAAGAGCACUGCCACGCCUACGUGUACGUCCAGAAACAUUCCGAAGUUGUAAUAUCGAAGAACUUGUGCCAGGUGUGCAUCGUCGAAGGGACGCCGCUGGAAAUCGAAAAGGCGCUGAAAAUGAUUCGUGAGCGGUUCCCGCUCAGGAAGUACUCAGAAAUCACUUUGGAACAGAUCGAGCUGGCUCCGAGUGUUGCGACAGUUUCCCUCAUCCCCGACCAUCUAUAUCUUAAACUCGUAGAAGGUGUGAACAAUGAUACGGUUCUGAGCUGCAUGGUCGCCCCCGAUCACUUGUUCAUGCAACAGCCAACUCACCCUUCGUAUCCAGCCUUGAGUAUGCUCACGCGCAGCAUGGAUAGCUGCUACAGUUCCACUCAUUCACCACUCCUACCAUAUCCCAUCCCAGAAAACACCGUGUGCGCCGCAUUUUCAGUUGAUUCGUGGCAUAGAGCCAUUGUGCUGUCCACAGAUGAUGAAACCAAGACAUCCUAUGUUAAAUUCUUGGACUUUGGUGGUUACGCCUACGUGGAGAAUGACAGUUUGAGGCAGAUCAGGCAUGAUUUUAUGUUGCUUCCCUUCCAGGCGGCUGAAUGUUUUCUCUCUAAUAUUAAAUCGAAAAGUGAGAACGGCUGCUGGCCAGAAGAAGCCUAUUCCCUGGUUGCUGCUUCUACUCGAGGUCGUAUAAUUUACACUCAAAUAGCAGACUAUACGCCCGAUGGUAUUCCUUUAGUCUUAUGUUUUAUCGUACUUCCCGAUAGGGGAGUAGUAUUCCUUAAUAGAAAACUAGUCGAUGAAGGAUUCGCCGAUUGGAUCGAAAAUGAAGCUGUAGCAGAAGCGGAAGUUGAAGGACCACCGGUUGCCGUCCUUUAAAUUAUUUUCGUUUGUAGUUUCCUCAGGUUUUGCCUGCCGGUGAACGCUACUGUUCGAAUGUACUCAGGUGAUAUCCUACAGUCUUGUGUUUGUCUUUUAGUAUUCACUUCAUUUUGUCGCUAUUUAUUAACUUCUGAACUGUAAUAUUUCGCAGUCAAUGCAAUUUACCACUGGAUGGAUAUUAACUGGCUUCAGUUUCAGCCAGAUACAAUUCCAGUGCGCGUUUUUAACUUCGCUUCUCGACCAGUUUUUGUUUUUUAUUUGAAUAUAUACUAGAUCUUAGAUUAACGACUGAUAAUUAUGCAUGUGUUUAAUGCCACAACGAGUCCCAAAUGUAGGUAGAAGAAAUUUGCGACUCGUUGUACUGUUAGCCUAGACCGAUUUGGUUAAUUAGAGUUGGUUUCUUUUUUUUGUAUGCUAAAACUUCCUAUCAGAAAGAUUCGCAGCCUAUCUCACUACUAAACAAUUAAUCUCUAUUUUAUUGAGUGGACUAAAUUUUCCUUCCAAAACGCCUACGAAGUUCCAUCGAUUGAGCUUUGCCAAUCCAACUAGACAUAAUCAGUCUUUCUCUUAGGGAGUUAUAUUUGUAUACCAGGGCUUUAUAAGUUUAUAGUUUAAGUUAACUUGUAAAUAAAUCUGGAAGGAAGCAGUGCACGUUAUGCGCUCACUAUUUUGGAAUGGUCCCAUUUUUUCUGGAUGUAAAUAGUUCAGGGUUUCCUUACAGAAUGUACGACUAUGUACGGCAAACGUUUUGUUUUUAGCUAAAAAUUCAAUACCACAGGCAAUAUCAACUAAACAGUCGAUAUUCUCUGAUGUAGCGUGUUCCAUUUCUUAUUAUUUGACUAUUUUGAUGCAUAGCUUUAGAGCUGAAUAUUAUGUUAUAGUACCCGUUCUGUAUAUAAUGGCAGUUUGAUGUAAUAUAAACAUUUUUUGGAUUUUC